AUUGUCACAUUGCAGUGAUUGUGUGUCUGAUGUGUAAUACAAAUUCAAUUUAAUUGCCAUUGAAUAGAGAGUUAUGAGACGAUGACUGCCAAUAAUAACAGCAAUAAUAAUAACAUAAUUGACUCGAAGUAUCCGAAAAUAGCCAUUCCUUUGGUCCCUAUUUCCAGGUUUCUCAUCGAGAAGUUGAGAUUUCAUUCGUCAAAAACUUUUUUAAUAGAAAAUGAGACGAAAAAUACGUAUACUUUCAAUGAAGUGGCCGACGAUAGCCUCCGUAUGGCUCACGUAUUGUCCACUAAUGGCCUGAAAGAGGGCCAACACUUCGGGGUUUGCGGUCAUAACGGCUAUGAAUUGAUCACUACAUUAAUCGGUGGCCUAAUUGUCGGCGGAGUUGCCGUUCCUAUCAAUGCCGACACAUCUGUUGAUUACAAUCUCUUAUCGCAGUUAACCAUCAGCUCAUUGCCGGUCACUGGCUUUAAUUGGUGCUCAACUGACAUUGUGCUCAACACCACACCUCUCACACACAUCAAUGGUCUGAUCCAAUUGUUCUCAUCCCUAACCACUGGCUCUCAGUUUGUUGUCAUCAAAAAUAAUUUGCUGACAAAUUCAGCGCAUUUAUGCGAAGCCAUAGAGGAAUGGCGUGUCAGCGCCGCUAUGUUCACCCCUCAGACCAUCAUUGAGAUGAUCAAAGACGACCACUUGGAGCCCAUUACUAUCAAGUCCUUGAGAAAAGUCAUUUGCACCGGCAGUUCGUUGCCUAAAAACAUUGGCCAUAAGUUUGUUACUAAAUACAGUAUUCAAGACUUUAGGCAAUCCUAUGGUAUGACAGAGAUGUGCGGUUUUGUGACUAUUGAGCCCAUAGGCAGCUCUGACAAUGAGACCUGUGGGAUACCGGUGCCAUCAGUUAGCAUCAAGAUUGUCGAUACGGACACUGAUAUAGCCUUAGGUGCGGCACAAGUGGGCGAAGUCUGCGUGAAAAGCCCUCAACUAUUUAACGGAUACUUAACGACAGGCGCUUCAAACGGAGGUCUCUCUGAAGAACUGGUCGAUGCCAUAGACAGCGACGGCUGGUUCCACACCAAUGAUAUCGGAUAUUAUGAUCGCAACCAUAAGCUACAAAUUGUUGAUCCCAUCGACGACUUCAUACAAUACAGAGGCCUUCAUAUCAGUCCCACGUCUUUAGAGGCCAUACUUUUGUCGCAUUAUAACGUCAAAGAAGUGGCUAUUUUUGGCGCUUUUCAUCGCACGUACGGACAGACGCCUACAGCACUGGUAGUCCUCAAGAAAAGUGAUGACAAUAAUAACAAAUCGCUUAUUAAUGAAGACGAUAGCGAUAUGACUGAAGUGUUGAAACACUUUAUUAAUGACCAUUUAAUGCAACAGAAGAUAACCGUCGAAGAGUUAUAUAUCGUGGACGAGAUCCCAAAGACCAUCAGUGUGGCGGUGAGUGGAGAAACUCGAAGAUUGAAACUGUUUGCCGAAAGUAUUUGCGAGAAACAGGAGUGUAAUGUCAAGUGUGUUAACAACGGCUAUGCGGACGGCGUCUGUAAAUCGGGAGAAACCGUCAAUUUCUGUGUUUGUGGUGAUUGUGUGCCACAAAAGUGUACCGAUUCUUGCGUUAAGGACCACAUGAAAGGCACGUGUGAACAGAAAAUAGACGGCAUGUGUGUUUGCAAUUGAAUCCAUUUAUACACAAAAUACUAAUCUAUUCAUGAA